AUGUCUCACGUGAAAGCCAUCACAAAAAGGUUGUUUGUGGAUGAAAAAUAUGAUAAGAAGAUCCGACCAGUCCGCGAUUAUGACACAGCUGUAGAGAUGGACGUCAGUCUCUUCUUGUUCAGCAUCAAUAAACUGGACGAGGUUCAAGAAAAACUAGUGACCACUGCAUACCUGGAGCUGGUGUGGAUAGACGAGUAUCUCGCAUGGGACCCCGAUGAUCACGAUGACAUCGAACACUUCUACAUACCACAGAAAGAGAUUUGGACGCCUGAUAUUGUAUUGAAGGGCGGUUUUACUAGAUUUCAGGAGCUAGGGGGUGAUUUCUACUAUCUGGAUUUAGACUUUAAUGGACAGAUCACGUGGUUACCUUAUGAAGUGUUUGAGAGCCGCUGUCCCAUUGACAUUACCUACUUUCCAUUCGAUGAGCAAAUUUGUAGCAUAUCAUUUGUUAUUUGGUCGUAUGCUAGGGAUGAAGUUGCGAUCUAUGGGUCUAAUCACGGAAUAAAAUUUUAUCAAUAUGAAGAAAACAGCAUCUGGUCAAUCGUUAAUACAAACUUUACAAUCAUCGACGAUCCUCAUGUAAGAGAAUCUGAAAUUACCUUCACCCUUCAUCUACGGAGGAAACCAUUUUACUUUAUCAGAAACAUAAUUAUUCCUAUAGUUUUCUUAUCAAUGCUGAACAUCCUAACAUUUAUCAUACCAGUAGAUUCAGGAGAAAAAUUAACAUUUGGAAUGACAGUUUUUCUUUCUUUUCUUGUUUUCCUUACUAUAAUAUCAGCACAACUUCCAGCAAACUCGGAAAGUACCCCCCUUUUGGGAGUUUACCUGGAUGUACAGUUGGGGUACAGUAUCACCAUUCUUAUUGUUACGUCAUUUCAACUAAAAAUUCACCACAAGGAUGAAGCAGAGAUACCCUCACGACCGUACCUUGCAGUCAUAAGAAUUAGCAAUCUUAUGCGAUGUAAAAGUGGAAGAAAAAUCAAUCCUUUGACCAGAAAGAUUAAUCAAAACAUGGAACAUAUCUCAAAAGAAGGAAAGGGAAUAGAUUUACCAUGUUCGAGAGACACGAAUAAGCUCACACUUUUCGAUGUAGAAGAAAAUGAAGAAAAAAUCUCUGAGAAGAAGAAUGACAAAAGUGCAUAUAAAGAAGUCAUGGGAAAAUUCUCAUCAUUUGAUCAACCAGCGAGUUUGCAUACAUCACAUACUUGGAAGGAUGUCUCAUCAGCCCUAGAUUUUAUCUCCUUCUGGCUCUUCCUCGUUUCAAAUUUUACAGUAACAACGGUUUUCUUCGUUCAGAUUUACACUGGAGGUGAAAGAAGUUUAACAUAA